AUGACUUCAUCGUUUUAUGAGACAAUUGGAGGUUUUCAAUCACUUGGUCAAUGGAAAGGUCAAGAAAAUGUUAUGAAUGUUUUGGCUAUGUACGGAUUAAAUGACAAUGUACAUAAAUUACAACUUCUCCAAUAUAUUGAUUCAAAUAUCAUUGGUAAUAAUGUUCGAAUCAAUACUCCAUGGGGAUCUCGAAAAAUGAUUUAUGCUGAUUAUACAGCAUCUGGACGUGCUCUUAUGUUUAUUGAACAUUACAUGCUAAACAAUAUCUUACCUUAUUAUGCUAAUACACAUAGUGACAAUAAUACAUGUGGAAUACAAACUACAAAAUUUCGUGAAGGAGCACGAACAUUAAUUAAACAAUAUAUCAAUGCAACAGAUAAUGAUGUUGUUAUUUUUACUGGAUCAGGUAAAUAA